GGGGCAGCCGGGCCAUGGCUGAGGCUGCAGCCCGCGAUCAAUCCACGACGGACAGCCCGCCGCACCGCCAACGCACCGCAGCAUCCCCAGCGACGACACCAUGGCCACCAUCGAAGCGAUCGUGUUCGACCCCAAGGCGAAGAAGCUGAGCUUCGGCAAGGUGGACAUGCCGUCGCCGCCCGACAAGAACGAGGUCAUCGUCAAGGUGGCCUUCGCCGGCAUCUGCGGCACCGACCUGCACAUCAUCGACGGCGAGUUCCCCUGCAAGGCCUCCCCCUUCAUCCUGGGGCACGAGUUCAGCGGCGUGGCCACCGACAUCGGCACCGGCGUCACCCACAUCACCCGCGGUGACCGCGUCGUCGUGGACCCCAACAAUGGCUGCAAUGUGUGCCAGCUGUGCUCCGGCGGCGACUACCACAUGUGCCAGACCGCCGCCAUCAACAACACCGUCGGCAUCUUCAAGGAUGGCGGCUGGGCGCAGUACUGCAAGGUCCCCGCCGACCAGGUGUACCGCCUGCCUUCCACCAUCAGCCUCCAGACGGGCGCACUGUGCGAGCCCAUCUCUUGCCUGUCCCACGGCUGGGACCGCCUCAUCCCCGUGCCCAUGGGCAGCCGCGUCCUGGUGACCGGUGCCGGCGUCAUCGGCGCGCUGUGGGUGUCCGCCCUGCACCACAUGGGCCACCGCAACAUCAUCGUGUCCGAGCCCAACGAGACCCGCCGCGGCAUCAUCAAGAAACUGGACCUCGGCGUGCAGGUGGUGCACCCCGACGAGCUGAUGGCCGCCCGGUCCAGGGACUUCUCCUGGGGCGUGGACGUGUGCAUCGACUGCAGCGGCGCCGCCCCCGCCCUGGAGGCCGCCGUCACCCUGCUCAGGCCCGGCGGCAAGCUACUCGUGUUCGGCGUGGCCGCGCCCCAGGCCCGUAUGAGCAUCUCCCCCUACGAGAUCUACAAGAAGGAGCUCACCAUCCUGGGCGUCAUGAUCAACCCGUUCAGCUUCGUCAAGUCCAUCGGCUUCCUGGAGGCCAUGGGCGAGAAAUACCUGGACUACGAGAAGUUGGGCGUCCGCGUGUUCUCUCUGUCCCAAUACGCCGAGGCCAUGCAGGAGCUGCGCAAGGGCGCCAUCAGCAAGGCCGUCUUCCAGCUGUGAUAACCAACAACGCUCUCCCCUCUCUCUUUCUCAUCCUCUUCGCAUACGCUUACCCCCGCCACCCUUUUGUAAAGACAAGACAAAAGAGAAUAAAAACACAACCCCCUCCCCCACAAA